CCUCCCGCGGGAAGGGGUGACUUCUCCGCCGAGAGAUGCCCGGAGAUCGGCUGCGAGCGGCCGAGGAGCGAGCCCCCGCAGCCCCCUAGGAAAAAAGAGAGAUCGCCCCCCUCCUCCUCCUCUUUCUCCUCCGCGCUGGGGGAGGGGAGGAGGGAGGAGAAGUACAUGCAUCAUGAAUGAAUCUGCCUCUAGUGGAAAUGGUCAGGAGUUUGAUGUAUUUAGUGCAAUGGACUGGAAGGAUGGCAUAGGUACUCUGCCAGGAAGUGACCUAAAGUUUAGAGUCAAUGAAUUUGGGGCCCUGGAAGUAAUUACAGAUGAAACUGAGAUGGAAAGUGUUAAAAAGGCAACUGCUACCACAACCUGGAUGGUUCCAACUGCUCAAGAAGCCUUUUCAGAAAAGACAGGGAUCCCCACAAGGUUGAAGGAAACUGCAAAAGUGGAUGGACUUGUUUUCUGUGAAAACUGCUACCGCUAUGGUACCAUAGAAGAAUUUGUUCCUGAAGGGAAAUUUUGCAGCCAGAAAUGUGCCCAGCAAGUAAAAAACAAAGAACCAAAGGAGGAAAAUCCCAGCAUGGAAUGCAAUGGGGAAGAUGAUUCUAAAGGCAUUCGGAAAAGAAAAGCGAAAGUACCUCUCAAAGAAGAGUCCCGGGAUAAUGGGGAGAAGAAGGAGAAUCCCGAUGAAAUUGAGGACAAACCUGAAGGAAGGAUCUUGAGAGUCUCGCAGAGAGCUAGGAGAAAAAGAAAAGGGGAGAUAACAGUUUUGAAACAAACUGUACCCUCUAAAGGAAGGCAAGCAUGGUGUUGGGCAUCGUAUCUGGAGGAAGAAAAGGCCAUUGCAGUGCCAACUAAGCUUUUUAAAGAGUAUCAGUCUUUCCCAUACAACAAGAAUGGAUUCAAGGCAGGGAUGAAGCUGGAGGGUGUGGAUCCUGAGCACCAGUCCAUCUACUGUGUUCUCACAGUGGCUGAGGUUUGUGGCUACAGAAUAAGACUACAUUUUGAUGGAUACCCAGAUUGUUAUGAUUUCUGGGUGAAUGCUGAUUCUUCAGACAUUCAUCCUGUUGGAUGGUGUGAAAAAACAGGUCACAAGCUUCAUCCACCUAAAGGAUAUAAGGAAGAGGAAUUCAGCUGGCCCUCCUACUUAAAGGCAUGCAAGGCUCAAGCUGCUCCUAAAUCACUGUUUGAAAACCAGAAUGCAACAGUGAUUCCGUCGGGAUUUCGAGUGGGGAUGAAGCUGGAAGCCGUAGACAAGAAGAACCCGACUUUCAUUUGUGUUGCCACGGUAACAGACAUGGUGGACAAUCGUUUUCUGGUUCAUUUUGACAACUGGGACGAGAGUUAUGACUACUGGUGUGAGGCAGCUAGCCCACAUAUUCAUCCUGUUGGAUGGUGCAAAGAACAUAAAAGAACUCUCAUCACCCCACCAGAUUAUCCACAUGCUAAACAUUUUUCUUGGGAGAAGUAUUUGGAGGAAACCAGUUCAUUACCUGCACCUGCAAGGGCUUUUAAAGUGAAACCUUCUCAUGGCUUUCAGAAGAACAUGAAACUUGAAGUGGUUGACAAGAGAAAUCCAGUAUUUAUCAGAGUAGCAACCAUUGUAGAUACUGAUGACUAUAGAAUAAAAGUUCAUUUUGAUGGCUGGGAUAGUAUUUAUGAUUAUUGGACUGAUGUCGACAGCCCUGAUAUCCAUCCUGCAGGCUGGUGUGCGAAAACUGGCCACCCUCUGCAGCCCCCACUCAGUCCCUUGGAAUUGGUGGAAGCUUUAGAGCAUGGAGGAUGUCCCACAGCAGGAUGUAAGGGAGUUGGACACAUUAAAAGAGCAAGACAUAUUGGCCAUCAUAGUGCAGUCAGCUGUCCAUAUUCAGAGAUGAACUUGAACAAAGAAAGCCUCUUACCUGACCGAUUGAGUGGGGAGAUGCCUGCAGCCAGUCCUAUCCCCAGAAACAGAAAAGUGGAAACAAAUGAAAGAUCCACCUCUCCUGUAAUCAAUGACAGAAAAUGCCCCAGCCCUGGUCACAUAGGUAUGAAAUCUUCACCUCACAAUCGACCAUCUGGGAAAACUGUACCAGAAACAACCAAGCUGGAAGAUGAAGAAAAUAAAUCUCCUUGCAAGAAGCCCCUAUUAUGCAAUGUGAAAGAAAAGAAGGCACCUGGUGGAGUACUACAAACAAAGGACGGCAUAAAGCACAAAGAGUGUGAAGAUGAGGAGACAGAAAAUAAGCUGCUCAUUUCAAAUGAAAUCAAAGAUUUUGAAGAACCCAACACACAGAGGCUUCUCUCUCAACCAGUUAUUGUGUCUUCUAAGUUGCAAAUCCCUGGCCUACCCUUGCGCUGGGAACAGCAGAGCAAGCUCCUUCCAAGCGUAGCUGGGAUCCCAGCCAGUAAAGUUUCUAAGUGGAGUACCGAUGAGGUCUCUGAAUUUAUACGAAGUUUACCAGGAUGUGAAGAACAUGGCAAGGUGUUUAAAGAUGAGCAAAUUGACGGAGAAGCAUUUCUGCUAAUGACCCAAUCAGACAUAGUCAAAAUAAUGAGCAUUAAACUGGGACCAGCCCUAAAAAUCUUUAAUUCCAUUCUGAUGUUCAAAGCUGCAGAGAAAAACUCACACAAUGAACUCUGAAGAUAAUGGAAAAUGUGCACGAACCAGCUUUCUCCACUGGAGCUCAUGUUUUAUUCAAAGCACAAAGACUCACUCGAAGUUUUGAGUAAGGACUCUCAGAAAGGAAGAAACUUAAGUUCAGCACUGGUGGACUAUUUAUAUUCUCCUGGAGCCAGUAGACAUCUGAAUCCUUCUGGGAAGUGUUCAAGCUUUUGAGAAGGUACUGUGUAACAACCGAGUCAGCUGGUCUUAUUUACCAAACUGAUGGCGCUAAUUCUCCAUGGAUGGUUAGGAUCCCUAACUCUCUCUGGACAUCAAGAAAACCUUCAUUAAUUAUUUAUGCUGUAUUAUAUAAGGGAACAUUAAUAUUUUCUAAGGAAUCUUGAAUUGUACUUCGUGUACCUCUUUUACUUUUCAGAAGCUUUUACUCCAUUUUAUCAAAAUAAAAACUGAUCAGCCAAAAAUUAGGCUACAGGUAGCCAGAUGAGACUGUUAUGGCUAAAUGUGUAUUUGUGCCAUAGUUUAAAAAUGAAACACUUAAUGUUACAUAUGUGACACUUUAUGCUACAGCAUAUUACUUUGCAGAUAAUAAAACGGUCUGUUUGCUUGUAAAAAACCAAACCUUGUUGGGGUUGAAAUUAUGAUGCUUUUUUGAUAACUGAAUGUUUUUACUUUUGCACGAUUACAAAAAUGUUACGUGAGUUUUGCCACCAGCAUCUUUAAUGUAUUCUAUCAAAAGACCAUUAUAGAGAAAGCUGCAACUGAAAAAUAAAGUUUGACUUCACAGAA